GUUAGCUUUGAUAUUCUAGGAUUCAGGCAUGCUCACACCAUGGCAUUUGCUAUAAAUGAGAUCAACAAAAACCCCAACCUGCUACCUAAUGUUACUGUGGGAUACAGUCUUUAUGACAACUGUGCCACACUUGGAAUAGCAUUUCGUGCGUCUCUGUCACUGGCCAGUGGUCAAGAGGAGCAGAUUCUUUUGGAUGAGACCUGUGUGGGGUCCAAUCCAGUCUUGGGGAUUGUUGGUGAUUCAUAUUCAACUUUUACUAUUGCCACGUCUGAUGUGAUAGGUUUAUUCCAAUUGCCCAUUGUGAGUUACUUUGCCACAUGUCCCUGCCUGAGUGAUCGAAAACGCUUUCCAUCCUUCUUUAGAACAAUUCCAAGUGAUACUUUCCAGGUGCGUGCUAUGAUCCAGAUUCUAAAGCACUUCAGCUGGACUUGGGUAGGCCUUCUGGUCAGUGAUGAUGACUAUGGACUUAAUGCUGCCCGCUCCUUCCAGUCAGACUUGACACAGUCUGGUCAAGGUUGUCUGGCCUACACAGAGAUUCUGCCCUGGGGCAAUGACCCAACAGAACUUAGAAGGAUUGUGAAUUUGAUUAAAACAUCCACAGCCCGUGUGGUCAUUGUUUUUGCACAUGAGAUUCACAUGAUUCACCUUAUGGAAGAGGUUGUGAGGCAAAAUGUGACCGGCCGGCAGUGGAUGGCAAGUGAAGCCUGGACAGCAUCCACUGUGCUCCAGACCCCGCAUCACAUGCCUUACUUGGGUGGUACACUGGGAAUCGGCAUCCGUCGAGGAGAAAUACCAGGGCUCAGGGAAUUCCUCCUACAAAUACGUCCUGACCAAAACUACAACAACAGCUAUGGAAAUAGCAUAGUGAAGCAGUUUUGGGAGUACACAUUUCAGUGUGCAUUUGCACCCUCUCCAGCAGGUUGGAUUGAAGCGGAGGGAGCAUUAUGCACUGGGCAGGAAGAUCUAGAGAGUGCAGGGACAGAGUUAUUGGAUAUGUCAGAGCUCAGGCCAGAGUACAAUGUGUACAAGGCUGUGUAUGCUCUGGCAUAUGCCCUGGAUGAUAUGCUGCGCUGUGUGCCAGGAACAGGGCCUUUCAGUGGGGACCGCUGUGCCAGUUUACAAAGAAUGGAGCCAUGGCAGCUUGUUCAUUAUUUACAAAAGGUCAACUUCACCACGUCAUUUGGUGAUAUUGUGUCAUUUAAUGAAAAUGGUGAUGCCUUGCCAAUCUAUGAUAUCAUGAACUGGCAUUGGCUCCCUGAUGGCAGAACUAAAGUUCAUGGUGUGGGAGAGGUUAAGAGGUCACACUCCAAAGGAGAAGAACUCACAAUUGAUGAAAACAAAAUAUUUUGGAACUUUGAACCUAAAGAGCCACCUCGCUCAGUAUGCAGUGAGAGCUGUGCUCCAGGUACUCGCAUGGCAAGAAAGAAAGGGGAGCCUGAGUGCUGUUUCGACUGUGUUCCUUGUUCUGAGGGAAAAAUCAGCAAUGAGACUGACUCUAUGGAAUGCACCAGUUGUCCAGAGGACUAUUGGUCAAACGCCCGCCAUGACCGCUGUGUUCCUAAGAAAACUGAGUUUCUCUCUUAUCAUGAGCCGUUGGGUAUCUGCUUGACAACCACAUCGUUGCUGGGCACAUUUCUCUGUGCUGUCGUCCUGAUAAUCUUCAUCCAUCAUCGCAGCACACCCAUGGUUCGAGCCAACAAUUCCGAACUGAGUUUCCUUCUCCUAGUGUCACUUAAACUAUGUUUCCUGUGUUCACUGCUGUUUAUCGGCCGCCCCAGACUAUGGACGUGCCAGUUGAGACAUGCAGGAUUUGGGAUUGUCUUUGUACUUUGUGUCUCAUGUAUUCUGGUGAAAACUAUGGUGGUUCUUGCCGUGUUCAAGGCCUCCAAGCCAGGAAGUGGAGCUGUUCUCAAAUGGUUUGGUGCCAUGCAACAGAGAGGUACAGUCCUGGUUCUAACAUCUGUUCAAGCAGCAAUUUGCAUUGCUUGGCUUGUGAUUUCCUCGCCGACACCUCAUAAAAACACUCUUUAUCACAAUGACAAAAUAGUUUAUGAGUGUGUAGUGGGGUCUACAGUUGGGUUUGCAGUAUUACUUGGUUAUAUUGGCUUGCUGGCAAUCCUCAGCUUCCUGCUUGCAUUUCUGGCAAGGAAUCUUCCUGACAACUUCAAUGAGGCCAAACUCAUCACUUUCAGUAUGCUUAUUUUUGGUGCUGUGUGGGUGGCCUUUGUCCCUGCCUAUGUUAACUCACCAGGGAAAUAUGCAGAUGCAGUGGAGGUAUUUGCCAUCCUUUCCUCCAGUUUUGGUCUUUUGGUAGCACUGUUUGGACCCAAAUGUUACAUAAUCCUACUGAGACCAGAGAGGAACACAAAGAAAGCAAUCAUGGGGAAAGGUGCUACAAAGUCAUAAAACACUGUGUAAGGGACACUGAUUUGUACAAAAACACAACAAUACAUAAACUCAAUACAUAACCCUAACACCACUAAACAAUACAGGGUUACUUUUUACUUGGCAUGGCAGUAGUUUGUCUUGGAUA